GUGGUGAAUAAAAGCUGCUGUCCCCGCCAGCUUCUGCACUGAGAAGUGGCUGUGAACCAUGAGUGACUCCAAGGAAAUGGGGAAGAGGCAGCUCGGCCCUCUGGGGCACCUGGGCCUCAGCCAAGUCCCCUUGGCACUGCAAGUUUUCUUCCUGGUUGUCUUCUCUGUGCUGCUCCUGGUCAUCCUCGUCAAAGUGUUCGAGAUCCCCAGUUCUCAGGGACAGGAGCAAUCCAGCCAAGAGAAAGUCUACCAGGAACUGACCCAGCUGAAGGCUGGGGUAGAUCGCCUGUGCCGCCCCUGUCCCUGGGACUGGACACCCUUCCAAGAAAGCUGCUACUUUUUCUCUGUGGCCCAGAAGACCUGGAAUGAUUCUGCCACUGCCUGCCAGAAUGUGGGGGCUCAACUUGUAGUCAUCAAGAGUGAUGAAGAGCAGAACUUUCUACAACAGACUUCUAAGAAGAGAGGCUACACUUGGAUGGGGCUCAUCGACAUGCAUAAGGAAUCCACAUGGCACUGGGUGGACGGCUCACCUCUGACGCUCAGUUUCAUGAAGUAUUGGAAUGAAGGAGAACCCAACAACAUAGGGGAGGAAGACUGUGCAGAGUUCAGAGGGGACGGCUGGAAUGACACCAAAUGUGACAACAAGAAAUUCUGGAUCUGCAAAAAACCCAAAACUUCCUGCCCUAGCAAGUGAUGGCCAGCCUCUCUCCACUAGCCUUUCUCCACUACCCCCACAGCCCAAACACCUGUGCUAAGCCAGUUCAUUAUACCUGUCUGUGGCCACUGAUGCUGUGACAAGAUCUCUGGGACUUUCCUCUGGCAGGUAGCUUGUCUCCCACAUGGCCGGACCACGGCGGUGUAAUCCUCCUUUGGGUUAGUGGGUGUGGCUCUGGUCCACCUUUGCCUUCUAAUGGAGUGACCAGGUCUGAGAUGUAUCUAGGUCCUUGAGUGGAUUCCUUUCAUCUCCUGUCUUCCUUUCUGAGUCCAGAGCAUGUAUUGCCAUGUGUAACUGAUGACACAUCCUCUGUGGCUUCAUAACAUCUCAGAGUACUUUCCUCCCACCUACUAAAUUUUUGUCCAUCUACCCUGCACGCCUUUCUAAGGAUGUCUUCCCUGAUUUCAGGAACUCAGUCUGUAGGCUAGAAGCACAAGAGAACCAAUUCCUCAUCCAUUAGUCAUGAUCAGGAAUUAUUGUGUUAAUACCCUAGCUCUCUCUCUCUCUCUCCACCCCUUGGGCAAUAUAGUAAGCCUCAAUGUUUUAGACCCUGAGAUUGACCUCCCAAAUAUUUGGAAGAUUUGUAAUUUUUAUUGAAU